AUGAGCAAAGUCUUCGCUUGCUUGGUCCUCAUUCUCGCCGUCGUCGGCGUCUUCUCAGCUCUGCAGGAGAUUGUAAGUUUCCUACCGUACUCCCGCUUUCAGCUACGAUCAAAUGACAAUUUCAGAGAGCGAAACGAGCCAUCAACCCAUUCCUGGACUCGAUGGGUAAGCGAGCGGUCAACCCAUUCUUGGAUUCGAUCGGCAAGAGAUCCUUCCGUCCGGAUGCCAUCGAGCGUGCCGACAUAAUGCAGGAGAAGAGGUAAUCAGAGAACAUUCCCCGGGCUAUAUUUGUCUACAGUAAUCCUUAUUUCAGAUACUUCGACAGCCUGGCCGGACAGUCGCUGGGAAAACGCUCCGGACGCCCGGACCAUAACGAGAUGUUCGACAACUACUUCUAA